AUGACAAGCCUCUCGCGGUUUAGUGGCUGCCCUCUUUCUUGCGUCAACCCUGGGGAGAGCAAUACUGAACCCAGCGUGAUGCUGCCACCUUUUGCAGAGGAGCACAUGGGGCACCCCACUGGCAGUUCCUUAAAACUCUGCCCCUCUCAAAAUUUGCGAGACUACCACGAGACGAGGGCCAGUGCAUAUGUUGACCACUCGGUUACCCAUUUUCCAGACACUGGAUACACCAGUCACUGCUUAGAGCCAAGUCCUAGGGGCAUUCUAAUUGGGACCAACCUGUCAGGAACAGAUAUGCCACCAGUUACUGAUCAGCUGGCUCCGAGACCGAACCAACAUGGCACUUUUGGAAGGUACCGUGACCUCAGCGGCUAUAGGGAUGGCAGGAGCCACGCAUUCUUCACCGCGUAUCAAGAGCAGGCCCAUGGCUCUACAGACGCAACCCGAGAUCUCAGCAGCCAAAUGAUGUUGGGUCUUCCAGGAGAAAUUCUCUCACGAACGCACCCAUACGGCCAAUCGCUCAAUGGCCCAUGCAGGGCCAACAGCCAGCAGCUGGUCACCCAGUUUUUGGAGUUCUAUAAGCCUCUGAAUGUGGCCACGCAGCGAGGAGGGGGUGAUGCCUUCCUCAGGUGCACCAGGCAGAACCCAAAGCACGAGCAUGUCUGCAAGUGGAGUGACGGCCAAGAAGGCACUGGCAAACCGCCCUGCGCCAGGAGUUUUGGGACCAUGUAUGAACUUGUCACCCAUGUGACGGUUAAGCAUGUCGGAGGACCGGAGCACUCCGACUACGCUUGUCACUGGGAGAAUUGCGCAAGAGACAGAAAGCCUUUCAAAGCCAAAUACAAGCUCGUCAACCACGUCAGAGUCCACACUGGAGAAAAGCCCUUUCCCUGUCCUUUCCAUGGAUGUGAAAAAGUUUUUGCCAGAUCCGAAAACCUCAAGAUACACAAGAGAACGCAUACAGGUGAGAAACCAUUUAAAUGCGAAUUCGAGGGCUGCAAUCGGAGAUUUGCAAACAGCAGUGACCGGAAGAAGCAUUCUCACGUUCACUCCAGCGAUAAACCCUACACGUGCAAGGUCAGAGGCUGUGAAAAAUGUUACACACAUCCCAGCUCCCUGCGCAAACAUAUGAAACUCCACUGCAAGGCCUACAUCACCAAAAUCGAGGAAGACGACGAGCACCUUGUGGAGGCCAGGUCUCCUGAGGUGGCAGAACAGCAAGACACUUCCGCUUCUACCACAGUGACACGAACCAUGACUGCCUCCUCCCAAGACACUCUGUCCGCUGAGACAAGAAAUGAGUCAACUUUGAGGUCACGUUUCCAUCACACGUUUGACAACAGUUUGGACUAUACAGCCCAUAGGCCACAGUCACUUUUGGACCCUCUGUUGCUACAACGGGGCAGUUAUAGACCUGAGUCUGUACAAUACCCAUGUAACCAACCAAGCCACACAUUCGCACCCAGCCACAGAACAUUUACGUCAAAUUCUCCUUUCCAAAAAAAUCUUGUAAAUGGCUGGUACACAUGUCACAGUGCCGUGGACACUUUUUCACCAAAAUACUGUAACAGUGAUUUAUAAUGUCAUAUGCAUCAGAAAUGAUGAAUUCAGGCUUAUAGCUACUCAGUGUGUUAAAGAGCUAAGGAGUUUCUCCUCGUGUAAAAUUGUCUACAGGCUGACUAAAUUAGUUAAUGUGAGCUUUAUCCAACUAAAGUUCCUUCAUAUAAAUUUGUACGAUUUCAUCACAUGCAAAUGCCCGGAUGUUUAAUGCGGAAGUAAGCACGAGUUUCGUGCAGGUAGUUAAGGAUAUGCUUAGUAAUAUUAUGCCCUUACCCAAACCCUUUAUCUAAACCUUACCGAUUAGUAGAGUGUGUAAACAUGGUAGGAAGCUGUUGUGUGUGACAGAAGCAAGUAACUGUCCCGUAUUAGAUGGAAACGAUGUCCAGCGACAUCAUUGGCUGUAGUGAAAGUUGGACGAAUUCAUGCGAGUGCGGUCAUAUGAUAUCAUACGAAUUAGCCAGAUUUGUAUGAAUCCUUACGAUUUCGCUGUGAGAGUGUGCAGCUUUAUCUGUUUAAUACAUUUAGUUCUUGUAAGCUGGAAUUAGCAUUAUGUCUAAACUGUAAAUAGCUUGCUUUACCAAGCCCUGCAAUGAGACAAAAUAUUGUUAAAAAAUAUAGAUAAGCUCCCUAAAUAUUCUUCUUACAUCAAAUUUAAAACGUCUACAAAAGAUACCUACAGAAUAAAUAGGUAAAAAAAAUAAAAUUGCGAAUUAUUACGUAUGUAGUAAUAGAG